UUGUGAGCUUUCUGGACACACAGAGACCUGCAGGAUGGAUUUUCUCCGGCUUCGUCUCCCUGGGCUACAUCAGGCUUUGAGGGGAGCACUGGACUCCUUCAGUGCCUUUGUGUCCUACCUCAUAGGAGACACAGUCCCCACAGUAGAGAGGCAGACUCAGGCAGCUGAGGAACUGGGGGAGGUGACUGCAGAGAAGGUUGUAGGGGAGGAAGCCCAGGAGGUACUGGAGGGACUUAAAAGUGGCCAGAGUGAGAGGGCAGGGGCACCUGAAGAGACCAUAAGAUGCCAAGAAGAAGGUUUAGCUGGUAAACAGACCUGGGGAUGGAGAGCAGAUAGCUCCACAAGGCCCCAGGCAGAAAGGCAGGACACUGGGUCCAGGAAGGCAGCUGAGGGGGCCAGGGGCCAGGAGCCACUGAAGCCUGAGGCGGGGCCUGGGACUCACAGAGACAGGAGCGAUGCAGCCCAGGAGAGGUGGGAGCACGGUGAGGAAGAUGUGAGUAGUGGGGGGCCGCUGAGAACCUGUGAACAGAAGGAAGAGGAGGAGGAAGUCAUAGCAGCAGAACCAGCAAUGGCCAGAGGAGUCACGGCCAGCUUUGCACAGCCAGCCUGUCACAGCCAACCUGAGGGGAAUGCUAGCACUGAGGGACAGAAUGUGACAGAGAGCAGCAAAGAGCUGGACUGGGUGGCCAAAGACAUAGCUGCAGAAGUCAGGUGGUUUAGUACCAAAGGGGCUGACAAUGAAGAGGAGAGGAUGGUCCCAACUAGGGAUGGCCAAAGUGCAAGGGCACAGGGGACACAGUGCUCAGGGGAAGAAUCUGAGGACUGGGCCAUGUUGAGUGGAGAGGCCUGGACAGUCUCAGGCAGGGAGGGGGCUGAUAGCCUAGGAAUUCAGGAAGCAGAAUAUAGGUCAGACCCAGGAGACAACAUCCCAGAAGCUCCUGGGAGAGUCUGGGUCCUAGAAGAGCCUGGCAAGGGAGACCAGGGGGAUGAGGUCGACGAGAAGAGCGAGGCUGAAGUUAGGCUUCCGAUCCAGACCCUGGAGACCGAGAGAACCGUAGAGAUGACUGAAGACCAGAUAGCUGGAAAGGGGGCCGUGGGAGACCUGGAGACAGGGGGCAGCUUUGAGGACGAGGAGAGGCAAGACUUAGCCAUCAGACAUAAUGGGGUGAGUCUGAAAGAGGAGGUGCAGGCAGAAGAAUCCUCCAGGGAGAAAAGUUGCUCCUGGGCCACAGAGGCUAUACGAGCCCUAGAUACGGAGGAAGGUGAGCCUGACUGGGAAGACUCUCCAGAAGCCAGCACUGAGGAGUUGUCUGUGGGAGAGAAGAGUGAAGCAGCUCAGAUGACACCAGAGGUAUUGAGAGUAAAGGUCGCUGAAGGACUGGACCCUGAGCUGAUGAGAGGUUCCCAGACCUUGACUAAACAACUUGAGGAAGGACAGAAGGGUCAGGAAGAGACGAGUGGAGCUCCAGAGCUGAGUCCAGAGGGGAUGCUAAGCUUGAAGGAAUAUCCUAGGCCUCUGGGCUUGGUAGGUCCUGAGCUAGAAGCCUGGGGAAACUGGAGUAGGGGCAUGGACCGCAGAAAUAGCCAGGAGGAAAACGCAGAUGCUGAAGCAGGUAAGGAACAGACUGCUGUGGAGCAGGCAGUGGAGGUCCAGGCUGAAGGAGGCCAGGAGGCCCAACAGCCAGAGGGCUUCAGGUCAGGAAGAGUGGAGGAACUGGCCUCCAUAGCACUUAACCCGGAGCUGGGCGGAAGCCAAGGAACUGAGGCAGGGACAGAACAGUCAGUGGGGACAUCCAAGCCCACAGAAAAUGAGGCGGCUGAGGAGGAGGCUGCAGUGCCUUGGGAGGCAGACGGAACUCUCAGGAACAGGAGGUUGGAGGAGGUGCCUCUGGGCCUGCAUGACAGUGAAGAUACACAGACCAGUUAUUUGGCUGAUGAGAUUAUUGUGGGUAUCAGUACUAUGGAUGCAGAGGAAGGGUCAAAAUGGGAAGCUGGGUUGGCUCCAGAAACAGAGCUUGGGCAAGCCUGGUAUUCGGAGGGCAGAGGGGAUGCUGGGAGAGGCACCAAGCUGGAGGAGACUACAGAGAAGCAAAGUGGUCAGGAGGUUGGCAUGGAGAGCUCAGCAGAGGAGAAGUUGUCUGGCUAUGACAUCCAAGAAAUUGAUGGGACUGAAGAGGAGGAGCCGGCAGAGAUGGAUCUAUCUGUAACGGCAGAAGAACUAAGGGGGACAGAGGGUGUGACUCUAGGCUCCCAGGCAGAGAGCGCAGAGGGGUCCAUAACCACUGUGGAGACUGAGGGGUUCCUAAGAGAUCAGAUGCUGUUGAAAGAAGAGGCUGGGGGCGGGCAGUCACGAGAGCCGAAGGGCCACAACUCAGAGGGCGAGAUCCGAAGGCUACAGGAGGAGGAGGAAGCAGAGAGGACAGAGACCCAGGAGGCCUAUCCAGGCCAGGACGACUCUUCAGGCCAGGAGGGGCAGCAGACACACCAAAUCCCCACAGUAGCUGUGCCUGCGCCCUCAGAAUCGGCAGAGGCCACAGCAGGUGCCCCAGGGGAUGUUCACAGCAACUGGAAUGAGGCCCUGCUCCCUGGGUCCCGCCUGGAUGUCUCUGUCCCUCGGAGUCGUGUGCUCCUUUCACGAAGCUCCUCACGGAGGCGCUCAAGGCCCUCUUUCCAUCGAAUCUCUGUUCCUGAGCCGCCGCCGCAGUGUGACCCUCCCAGCCCCCAAGCCCGGGAGGAGCAGCCGCUCUCUGAGCAGUCCCCUCUUCAGCUAGAGGAAACUCCAGAGCUAAGUGCCACAAAGCCCGAAGGGACUCCAGUGCCAGCCAGAAGAAAAAUGCUGGGGCGUGGGUUUGGCUUCGCUCAUCCUGGCAUGAUGCAGGAGCUGCAAGCCCGACUGAGCCAGCCAAAGCCACAGUGACAGGGCCUUGUGAGAGAGGCCUCCCAAGGGAGGGUCCGAAGGCUCUCUGGACCCUGGUUGCUCUUGACUCCCUCAGCCACUGGAACACUUCGUUUACACCCUCUGGGCCUCAGCUAAGCCAGAUAUUUAUGAAGACCUUGAAUCUAAGGAUUAAGCUGGUGGGGUCCUGCUGCCCCGGCGUGGUGGGGGUCCUGGUGUCCCAGCAUCUGUCAUGGAUUCCUUUCCUGGUCACCUUUUGCAUCUGUUUCAGCUACUCGAGAGACUACAAGGAAGACAGGGUUGGGGAGACUUCCCCGCCCCAUGGUCAUUCGCCUCCCAAUUAUCUUUCAUGUCAUGAUGGAGCCCCACAGAGAGCUGUGUAAGAUAGCACACCUCAGGGUGGAAGACAGCCCAAAGGAAUGAGGUGCAAGGACCAAGGGACACCACUUGGAGUCACUGGCCACGGGCAACAGACCAGUUGCUUUGAGUUUCCAAAAUGACAGCUCAGUAUCACAACUCUGCAGGUUACUAUGGUAACCUCCAUGCCAGAGUUGGGGAACAGUGCCCAGGAACUCUAAGAAUACAGGAGUAGAGAGGGGUUUGUGGCGGCUGGAAGCCCCCCCCCCCACUCCUCCCCAAGCUGUCCUGUUCUUUGGGUGUCAGACCUUCCUGUGAAGAGACGUGGAGUCACAAACUGGGCUGGAUGGCUUUAUUAGGCACCCAGCAUGGUGGCCUAACUCAAGAAUGAAACAAUAAAUAAACCAUUUCCUAAAAAUAAAUAAAUAUCCAAGAAAUAAAUAUCUGAACAGUUGAAUCCUGCAGCCAGCACCUGUGAGGAAAGACCCAUGGGUCGCACAGUGCCACAUCAGGAACCCGAGAGAGUCUCCAUGCCUUCUGUUGCCCAUUACCUCCAAUGACAUCAGUAACCACAGGCCACGAUUGCUCUGGGGAGCCUCCACUUCAGACUUCCAGGGUCCAAGUCUUUAUCUAAUCUAGACAUGUCUUUAUUUAAAUCUUACAUUUGUUUCUUUUUUCCUUUAACAUUUCUAUUAUUUUAUUUAUUUAUUUAUUUAUUUAUUUUUAUGUGUAUGGAUGUAUACCACAUGUGUGCAGUGCUUAAGGUGAGAUGAGAUAUCAGGUCCCCUGAAACUGGAGUUGGGGACAGUUAUGAGUCACUAUAUAGGCGCUGGGACUCAAACUUGGAUCUUUUGCAAGACAAACCGUGCUCUUGACUGCUGAGCUAUCUUGAAUAUAUAUGUGUGUCUGUGUAUAUAAACAUGUAUGUGCACUGCCUGCAUGACUGGUGGUCUUGGAGGCCAGAGAGAGCACUGAGUGUUAGCAUUUAUCCUGUGCAAGAACAGUGAGUGCUCCUAACUUCCGCUGCCGUCUCUCUAGCUCUAUGUUGCUUGUGUUUGUUUAUUUUACAGAGUCUUCCUAUAUAGUCACAGCAUGGACUUGAAAUCACAAUUCUCCUGCCUCAGCCCACCAAGUGUUUGAGACCACAGGAAUGCAUCACCACACUUGGCAUACUAUAUUAAAAAAAAACUUUUAAAUUUA